CAGUUAGUCAUUCAUAACCCAUCUUCCAAAAUGCUAAGUCGGAGCUUUAGGAAUUCCCCGACGGAAGAAUCGUCGGGUCAUUUAAUGCUCUACAAGAAGGAGCCAACGAUGAUGUCACCGACCUUGACGGUCACGGCACUUGUAUGUGCUCCUGUGUCGGCGGCACAUUCGCAGGCAGCUUCAAGCAGGCAAAUAUCGUACCGGUCAGGAUCUUGAAGAACAGCAACACUGCACCUUUCCUCGACGACAUAGUAAACGCCAUCGCAUGGGUCAUUAACGAUAAAGCCAACAGCAAAGUUGGUGCUGGUGUGAUGAGCAUGUCCUUUGGUUUCCCGAUAUCGGCUCUGAAAGUGGCAAAUAGUCAAGAGGUAAACACAGUUGACCCGUUCGCGGAUAUUUUCGACCGCAUCGGACCCGCUGGCAUAGUAGCCGUCGCAAGCGCGGGUAAUGAUGCGGAUGACGACAUGUUCAACCGGACGCCGCGCAGAAACGGUGGUCGUGAUACACCGAUGAUUGUCGUCGGCGCUGCAGACAUCACGUCUCAGAAGUGUGAUUUCAGCUCUUUCAAAGAUAGCACUCAAAAUGGCAUCCUAUCUAUCUAUGCCGUCGGCAAAGACGUCGUCUGCGGCGGUAGGAAGGCUUUCGAUAACUACGCAAGGAACACCGGUUCAUCGCCCGCGACGGCCCAGGUAGCCGGUAUCGUGGCUAUGUAUCUGGCCAAGCAGCAAACCACGGUGGCGAACGCGAAAGCAUACCUCUUAUCCGAAGCUGUCAGACUUAAGGGUGCGAACUGGCCGAACGACGGAGCAGGCGGGCAACCGGGGCCGGGACCACCAAGAGCUGGCGUAGGCUACCAAAUCCCUUGCACUGGCGGUGGCCAGACAGCUACGCAGCCCUCAUAUGAGGAACCAGACAGAGAUUUGUUCGCGGAAUUGAUUAGGGAAGAAGAGAUCUCGGAGUAUAACGACCCAGAUUUCGAUGUAAGUUAUCUUUCCCCUAUUUUCGACGACACAGAAUAUCCAUGCUAAAACAUUCACAGGAUCCUGCUUGUGUUACACCCAUACAUCCUUAGGUACCUAGAUAUCGAGAUCUGUUGGGUGUCGAAAGCGUUUAGGUGUCGAAAGUGUUGAUAAAAUGAACAGGACCGUUUUAGUGGUUGGGUUCUAAGGUUAGCUGUAUUGUCAAGUGGUAGAAGGUAGGUAAGUACUAGGUAGCUUAGCAUAACCGAAUUCGAAUCAAAAUAGACUCCUCGGGUAUUGUAAUGUGAAACAUUCGAAAUACUAGCCAACAGGAUAUC